ACAGAAUGACGUCACGUUGUUUUGGUGACCCGGGCACGCUGUAUAAGUUCCUCGUUUUUCUGCACAUUUACGCCCAAAAUUGUCCAUAAAAAUGUCUGAGGGAAAGCCGAGGGCGCACUUGAGUGAAUAUAAAGUGGAACCUGACGCCAAUGACUAUGGAUUCGAUGAUGAUUUGUGGAAUUUCGAGAAAUUCCGUGAGAAACUCCGCAUAAACAUUGUGAGUUACAAGAGCAUGGAGAUGGAAUUUGAUGUCAUUGGCAUCCAUCCGGCUAUUGUGAACGCUUUCCGACGGAUAAUGCUGAGUGAAAUCCCCACAAUGGCCAUCGAGAAGGUGAUGAUUUACAACAACACGUCUAUCAUUCAGGACGAAGUGCUGGCGCAUCGAUUGGGAUUGAUUCCUCUCCGUGCAGACGCUCGUCUAUUUGAGUAUAAGACUGAUGAUUCUGAAGACGGCACGGAGAAUGACACGCUAGAGUUUGAGCUAAAGUUCAAGUACACAAAGAAGGGAAAGGACGGCCACAAAGAUGCCUCGUCGGAGAACUACAUUAAGAACACCAGCGUCUAUUCCAGUCAGAUCAAGUGGCUGCCCAAGGGACGCCAAGCGUCACUGUACAAGGAGAUAGACAUUGGGCCAAUUCACGAUGAUAUUCUCAUCUCUCGGAUGCGUCCUGGACACGAGCUGGACUUGAAAUUGGUGGCUGUGAAGGGUAUUGGUCAGGAUCAUGCAAAGUUCUCGCCUGUGGCCACAGCGUAUUAUCGUCUCUUGCCUGAAAUCAAGCUCAAUCGCACUGUAAGUGGCUGCGAUGCGCGACUCCUCAAGCAGUGCUUCUCGCCGGGCGUUAUUGACAUCGAUGAUCAUCAGAGGGCCUACGUGAAGAAUGCCCGCUACGACUCCAACAGCCGGAACGUGUUCAGAUAUCCUCAUCUCAGCGACGCCGUGACAAUGUCUCGCGUGCAGAAUCACUUUAUCUUCUCUGUGGAGUCUGUGGGAUCGCUGAAACCGGAUGAAAUCUUUGUGGAGGCUGUAAAGUGUUUGAAGAGAAAAUGCCGGCUGUUUCUGGAUGAAAUUUCUGAGGAUAAGUAAAUCUACAUGGAUAUAUAAUCGCUUUGUGACAUCUCUAUGGUCUGGCCAUCGCCAAGGUAAGAAGCCACGGAGAAUUGGUCCAUUGUAGGCGACUGCUCAACUUGCUUGUGAGUCUUCAGGU